ACUGUGAGUUGCUCAGCUUGUCUGCUAGUCGCACCUCAAACUGUAUUUGAUCCGACAGCCAUGAAUCCUGCAGUUUACCCACCUGAGAUGAUCCCAUUGCAGGGGAGAUACCCAGGGGUUCAGGGACAGCCUGGAAGAUCUGCAGGGGGUCAAUGCACCACUGUGAGCAUCCCCCCUGAGCCCCCCAGGGACCACAUCAUCUGGUCCCUCAGCUCCUUUCUCUACUCAAACCCCUGCUGCUGCCUGGGACUGGUGGCUCUCAUCCACUCCAUCAAGGCCAGAGACCGGAAGGUGGUUGGAGAUAUGGAAGGAGCCCGACACUACGGCUCCACCGCCCGCUGGCUCAACAUCUCGGCCACAGUCCUGGCUUCCGUCAUGUUCCUUAUCACCAUUAUUAUCACCAUCAUUGUUGUAUCUAUGUCGCAAGGCCCCUCAUACGGUCAUUACUAAGGUUGAAUUUGAAAGGGCAGAGUGUUUUCUGCAGCAGUGGCUGGGUGAUACUUCUCUUUAUCUGCUUUAUGGCUCCUGCUUUGAACUUUUUACUUAUAUCUUCAAUCAAAACGUUCUGUUUUUGUUACAAAAGUCUUAAAUGGAACUCCUGUAUGUUUCCAUAAUGACAAUUUGUAGUAAAGUUUGACAUUCUUGCAAGACGUUGUUAAUAAACGAAAUACCCUGUCUGCAACAGUUUCAUUUUGUGCUAAACCGUAAAAGAUGGUGUUUUCAAAAUAAAGAACCCCACCCAAAGAAGAAAAGGGAACGGAGUGUAUGCUACUAUUUCCUUAUUCUACUAUUUUUGGUGUACUAUUGAAAUGUUAUUAUCUAUAACUGUUACUACUUUAACUGUCCUGCUAUCUCAGCUAAAACACUCUUAUUCUAAGCACUCCAUGCAUUGUAUUAACACUGCAUGAAGUGCUCAGAAUAACUUCGUACAGAAAAUAUGUUUUUGCAGGGCUGCCAACUCUAACACAUUGACCAUCAGACUCAACCAUUUAAAGACAUGUAAUACAUUACAUUAAAGGGUAAGUGAGCUCUAAUGAUAUUGUAACACUUCACAAAUGUACUCCGUUUUAAACUCUCAUAUAUUUAAUUUCCUUCAGUGGUCAAUGUAAUGCUGUCAGGUAGAUGCUGACUGUAGCGUCCCCGGC